AUGUGACAUAUAAAAUCUUUCUUUUAAAAUUUAAUGAUUUCUCAGAACUCCAUAAAUAUUCAAAAUAAGAGUUCACUUGAUGGGGCUGCAUUACCUUUUAGGUAAAGAAAUGUAAUUGUUGAAAUAAAAGUAAUUUACUCCAGGAAAUUCCUAUAUGUACUAAACUUGUAUUCCCAAUCUCAGAACACCAAUUUUUAACCAACACCUGAUAUAAAAAUUGCCCCCCAAAAUUGAUGCAGCACUUUUUUUUUCUAAUUUGGCAUUUUAAUUUUAAACCAGUUAUUCUAAUAAUUUUGAAAUGUUUUAGGGGAUUCUGACCUUAAACUAAUAAGGACAAUAUUAUUCCUAAAUUCUUUUCCUCUUCACUAAUUUAUUGCUUUACACUUUUCCAACUAAUACUAUUGUGUCAAGCAUAGAAUAUUAUUGUAAAAAUAACUUAUUAUAUCAUGAAAUGCUCUAAGGAAAUUAGUACCAGAUUUUACAUUGUUCAACAGCAAAUGAGUACUGCCACUCACCACACACUCCACCCACUGUGACUAUCUCAGCAAUCUUGUCAUCACAUACACUGUUCAUCAAGUCCUUCAGUAUAGUCCCAUUCAGCCCUGUGCCUGACACCAUGCAGCUGCAGAGAUGAAUAACCAAGGAGUUACCUAUGCAGAACUCAAUCAGGUUAAGGGUUCAAAAAGACAGCAAGUGAAAGCUAAGGGCACUAAAAGUCCUAUUUCAGAAACUGAGCAGGAAAUAACAUAUGCAGAAUUAACUCUUCAAGAUGCUUCAAAUCUUCAAAAUGCUUCUCAGAAUCCUCAAAGGAACAGUGAGAACUCCCAUUGCAAAGGGAAGCUCAUUGCUGGGGUCCUGGGGAUCAUUUGCCUUAUCUUAAUGUCCACUAUGGUCACAAUAGCGGUUACUCCCGUUACUGAAGGACCGAAACAGAACAAAACAUCCCUGGAAACUAGGAUCCAGAAAGCAUAUUACUGUGGUCAUUGUCCAAAAGAGUGGAUGACAUAUUCCAACAAUUGCUAUUACAUUAGCACCGAAAAAAAAUCAUGGAGUGAGAGUUUGUCGGCCUGCGCUUUGGAGAACUCUACCCUGUUCUCCAUAGAGGAUGAAGAAGAAUUGCAUUUGUUAGGCCUCUUCAUUUCUUCUUCAUGGCUUGGAGUCUCCCAGACAAGCAAUAAUAAUCCAUCUGUGUGGCCAAAACACUCAACUUUCUCUUCCAAAGCGUUGGCAGUAUCAUCAGAGAGUGACCGGGUUUGUCCAUAUUUCAAUUUUGGACUGGAGAAAGUUUUUUCUACAUCUUGUUUAGAAAUUAAAACAUACAUUUGUAAGCACCAGGCAAGCCAUAGCCAAACACCUUGAAAAGACCAUGAAACCAGGAAGAAGAGCCUCUUCUUUUCUCUCUCUCUUUUUUUUUUCCUUAUGUUCAAUUCAAGUCCCACAUCGGGCUCCUUGCUUGGCAGGGAGCCUGCUUCGGCCUCGGCCUCUGCAUGCUGCUCUGUCUGCCAGUGCUUGCGCUCUCUCUCUCUCUCUAACAAAUAAAUAAAUAAAAUCUU